GUCCUGCCUCUGGCGUUGAAAACGAGCCUCUGCUGCCCUCAGACAGAAAUAAGUUAGGAAAGGGAAAGAGCAGUCUUCUGCACUGUGAGGGAGUGCUAUGGGCCGAAUGAUUAAUUACGUCGGAGUGAAAUACUUGUCCGCCGCUUUGUGUAUCCAAUAAAUUAAGGGCUCCUGAGACUUUUACGCACACAGGUGAAGUGUUGGAUGAGCGUACAGGGACUGCUGCGCACCUUUUCUGCAGACGCAACACUUUAUAAGGAUACGCUGGACGUGGACUGGGACUGUUCUCCAUUGAAGAGCAAAUUCUCAAUCCUAUCGAAGCCCUGUUUGGAUCGCCUUCAUGUCGAAAACAGCGCCUUUAACAGAUACCAGAGGUCUGUGAGUGCACCCUGAUGGCUGGAAGACAGACGCUCCGCAUGGACAGCGGUAAUUGCUCCGGGACGGCGGUGGAUGACAGCCCUGCAUCCAGCCCGAGCUCCAGCCCCAGUCCGGAUGGCCGUCGCCAGGACCUGCAGCGGGCCAGAGUGCUGCAGGCCGGCGGGCUCGGCGGCAGAGGACGCCCAGCAGCAGCCAACGCAGCACGGGAGAGGAGCCGCGUGCAAACCCUGAGGACCGCGUUCCUGGAGCUACAAAGGACUUUGCCGUCCGUGCCGCCGGACACCAAGCUGUCCAAACUCGACGUGUUGAUACUGGCCACCACCUAUAUUGCCCAUUUGACUCGAACACUACAAGAAGAAGGCGCGGAGGAGGGAGAGAGCACAAAACAAACAGAGGCGUUGCACUCAUUGAAAGGAGACGGCUACCUGCACCCAGUGAAGAAAUGGCCCAUGCGAUCCAGACUGUACGUCGGAGCAAGCGGACAGUUCCUCAACACCACCAGUCCUUCAGAGUCAGAGAAUCAAGGCCCAUCAUCGUCCACCUCCCAGUAACAGCCCUUAAAAUCAUCGUAUGAAAUAGUUUCAUAUUUGCAUGAGUCCAUGCUGUUGCAGCAACAUUUGCAUUAUGAUUGUAGAUCUGAUUUUACCUCCACUAAAAGCCCUCUAGGAAGACAUUGUAAAUUAAUAUAUUACGUGAAUUUUAUUGUAUAAAUUUGGAGAAAGCAUACGUUAUGUUUCUCUGUUGUUAUUUUGGCCAAUCCUGUUUGCCCCUGCAUCGUGCAGCUCCGUACAUGUCCCAGGUAUGAUAUUUGUAGAGAUUCCGCGGGGCAAUGAGCCCGUCAUGCUUGAGGUGUGCACUUUCAGUUGAAACAUUUGCACUAAAUGCAUGUGUGAAUAACUUAACAUCUGUCAUGUGAAGUGGUCUGUCAGAGAGUCAACAAUGGAGGCUCUUCAUCUCAUGUUCCUUCGUAUUUUUACAUGCAUGGUUGUAAAUGUGUUUGUGAAUAAAUGACUUCAGUGAAAGAAGACAA